UUGACAGAUUGACCAAAUAAGGUUUGAGAGCUUUUUCUUAUUUGCAAAGAAUCGAAGAUUAGAUACAGUUUUAAACAAAAUAAAAUAGCUUUAGUUGAAGGAAGCAUAAAGUGAACCACUCAACAUGACUCUUGAUUUUUACUAUUCUCCACUAUCUGCGCCAUGUCGGAGCAUUCUUCUUCUUUGCAAGAAUCUUGGAAUUGAAUUAAACCUCAAGGAAAUAGACAUUUUGGGUGGCGAGCACUUGAAACCGGAAUUUUUAAAAAUCAACUACCAGCACACCAUUCCUACGCUGGUGGACAAUGGCUUUGCAAUGUGGGAAUCACGUGCUAUCCUCGCCUAUUUGGUGGAGAAAUACGGAAAGGAUGACUCGCUGUACCCGAAGGAUCCCCAAAAGAGAUAUUUUGUAAAUCAAAAGCUGUAUUUUGAUAUGGGAACACUCUAUCAGCGCUUUGCGGAUUACCACUAUCCAGUGAUUUUUAAGAAAACCUCUUCAUACGAUCCGGAAGCAUUUAAGAGGAUGGAACAGGGUGUUGAAUUUCUCAAUACAGCCCUCGAGGGGAAGACCUACGUUGUUGGAGAUAAUCUUACUAUUGCUGAUCUUGCGCUGGUUGCUACUAUUUCAACAUACGAUGGCCUCAAAUUUGACUUCUCGAAGUAUCCCAAUGUGGCUAAAUGGUAUGAAACGUGCAAGAAGAUGCCAGGCUAUGAAGUCAAUCAGAAGGGUGUGGAUAAAUUCGUUGAAAUAAUGCAAUCGAAGAAUUAAUAUUUUUUUCGUUGUGAAAGAUUUAAAAUUUUUACACAUUCUUUUUUCAAUUAAUUCUUGCUCUUUAGAAGUAAAUUCCUUGAUCAAUUCAUAAGAGAAAAUUAUUGCGUAUAUGUUCAAAACAUUUUUCAUUCUGAUUUCUUGAAAAUCUUGAUAUAAAAUCAAUCUGUUUGACAUGGAUUUUAAUUAAAAUAAAAUAGAAGACAUUUUAAA